CUACCAAUCAGGAGGUAAGCGGCAGCAACAGCAAGCCAGCAACAAAUGAUUCGGUGAGGUCGAACCAUCCGUGAGGUGCCCUGUCCUUUUUCCCUCACCUUCUCCACCUCCUCCUCGUCUCCCCUUCCGCCUAUAGAUCUCUCUCCUCCAUUACACCUCACCGCCAAGGUCACGGAGUCGCAGUGACACCGCGCCCUCCAAGAACCGCAGCUCGCCCAUCCCCCCUGCGGCUUGCUGAGCGGAGCGGCGGCGGCAAUGUCUUCCAACGGCAAGCCCACCCCGCAGCCCCCGGCCGCCGCCGGCAACGGCGCCGGCGGCCCGCCCAAGAUGUACCAGCGGCCAAUCUACCGCCCGCAGCAGGGGCCUGCCAAGCGCGGCCGCGGCGGGCGCUCCUGCCCGUUCAGCUGCUGCUGCUGCUUCUUCUGGACGGUCCUCAUCAUCCUCCUCCUCGCCUUCAUCGCCGCCGUGGUGGGGGGCGCCUUCUACCUCCUGUACCGCCCGCACCGCCCGGCCUUCACGCUCACCGUGGCGCGCGUCACCAAGCUGAGCGUCUCCUCCACCGCCACGGCGCCCGCGGUCACCGACGCCAUCGACGUCACGCUCACCGCCAGGAACCCCAACAAGAAGCUCGUCUACUUCUACGACGACUUCACCGUCACGGCCGCCACCGCCGCCAACGCCGUCCCGCUCGGGGACGCCUCCGUGUCCGGGUUCGCGCACGACGCCGGCAACAUCACCGUCAUCAAGGCCACCGUCUCCGCCUCCGCUCUCGCGAUCGACCCCACCGCCAGCUCCGACAUCAAGAAGUCCGGCGAGUUCCCCAUCACCGUCGACCUGGAGACCAAGGCCGGCGUCAAGGUGGGCGGGCUCAAGACCAAGAAGAUUGGCAUCCGGGUGCACUGCGACGGCAUCAAGGUGACCGCGCCCGCGCCGCCUCCCCCGGCGAAGAAGAAGAAGCUCGCGAAGGCCGCCGCGGACGCGCCUGCGCCCGCGGCCGUCGACGACGCGCCGGCGCCGCCCGCGCCGGCGGCCACCGUCGCGCGCGUGUGCCAGGUCAGGAUCCGAGUCAAGAUCUGGAAGUGGACCUUCUAGUCACGUCGCCAACCUCCUAGGAGCCGCAUUGCAAAAAUUUUCGGGUAAAAAAAAAAGUGGCUUUGCCUUUUCACGUUGAUUGAAGGAAGUUUCUCCAGUAGGAAACCGUAGCAGGAAUCAAACGUCGGUGGUUGUAAAUUUUUGUGUUUGAAUUUUACCAAAAUUUGGUUGACGGGGGAGGGGAGGAGCCGGGAGCGAAGCCAGGAAGUGAUGCGGUGAAGCGAAAGGAGGAGGCUAUGAUUUCUGCAGUGUGAGGCUUGAACGAUUUGUUCAUUUUUUUUUAGUACUUUUCCUUAUUUUUCACCUUCUUGUUGGUAGUGCCAGUACAAUUUGAUGAUUUGUUGUUACUUUAACUAUGUAAUCCAAAUUAUCCGAAUGUAUAAUUGGUAGUGACAUGCAAGUGUAGUUCUAGUACUGUACUCUCCCCAUUUUUGUGUGUUUAUCAUUCAAUUUGCAGAUGAAGUGAACAAAGCUUUGGUCUGAA